CAGCGGUGCGGAGGACUGAGCUGUGCCUGCUCUGGCUGCUCUCCGCCGGUCAGACAUCACAUCUCACCAGCCGGCCCAGCUCCGCUUUGCGGACACGCUUUUCUCCUCACUCCGGAGCCUGCUAUGUGUGAAUAACGUUUGUUUCCUUCCAGUGAGAGGGCGUAUCCGCUGUCAGGGAGGAGAGGGAGGCUGGCUGAGGACAGACAGAGCAGUGGGAGGGAUUUUUUGUGACUGUUUUCGCUGCUUUGAAACGCAGGAAGAAAACAGAGAGCAGCCACGCCGAGCAGCAAACACGGAGAGGAGCGCGUCAACAAUUUCACAAUCACCGCCGCUGCUUCUGCUGUGACCCCAUUUAAUGUGAGGAGGACUGCUGCUACACGGAACUAACAAAAGCUACAUGGAGCUGCUGUGGAUUUAUUCAGUCUGUACGCGAUGAUGCAACCGGGUCAUUAGCUGUUUAAUCAGGCUGUGGUAUGAGGCGGUGUUUGUGUGAGUGUGGAGGUUCAAAGAGGCAGAUGAUGCUGCAGGAGAGCGCGGUGUGGAGACGGAGAGAGAGAUAAUCAUGGGUUGGCUGGACACUGCUGUGCAGAGACUGAUUGGACCAAGCUGGAUUCUGUUCCUCUAUAGAUGUUGGACCAUGUUGCCACCAAACUGCUGUGAAGUCUCCAUAAAGUCUUGGACAGAGAUUGGUGAAGAUUUGGAUCUUUCAUAGCUUCAUCUGGAGUUGUGCAGCCUUUCUACAAAACUAUUUGGAGGAUUUAUUUGCCUUUUUCUGUGAGUGAGUAUAAUAAAGGGCCAUCUGCCUGUCUUAAAAAUGGAGACUCUUUCCCAGGAUUCAAUUCUAGAGUGCCAGAUCUGCUUUAACUACUACAGCCCCCGCCGACGGCCCAAGCUCUUGGAUUGCAGGCACACAUGCUGCUCAGUGUGUUUGACCCAGAUGCGCAGCAGCCAGAAGGAGAUCCGCUGUCCCUGGUGUCGCGGCGUCACUAAGCUCCCCCCGGGCCUGUCCGUCUCUCAACUCCCCGAUGACCCGGACAUCAUCACUGUCAUCGCCAUCCCUCACGCCUCCGAGCACACGCCUGUCUUCAUCCGGCUCCCUAGCAACGGCUGCUACAUGCUGCCUCUGCCUAUUGCCAAAGAGCGGGCGCUCGGCCUGCCAGGGGAGCUGGGAUGCCGUUUCCUGCCCGGCAGCCAGCAGAAAGGGGUGACGGUGGUGACGAUGCCCGAGCAGCAGCCUCUGGGCAUGGGUAUGGGUCUGGAGGGCAUGGGGGUGGGGCUGGAGGGUGGGGAGAGCGAGAGGAGAGUUAGUCACCCGGUGGGAGCAGGAGGGAAAGGCUCCACGUGGUCUGGCGUCUGCACGGUGAUACUGGUGGCGUGCGUGCUGCUUUUCCUCCUUGGCAUCGUGCUGCACAACAUGUCUUGCAUCUCCAAACGCUUCACUGUCAUUUCAUGCGGCUGAGGGUAGGGAGGAGGCUGAAGAGACUGCCGCGGACCCCCCUGGACCCCCACAAAUAUUCCUGCCUGUCCUCAGGGCCGGACUAAACUUACAUCACGGCCAUCUGAGGAAACAGCAGAGCAUCGUAGUGAGAAAUCAAGAAGAAGAGGGCAGGGCGGAGAUCCACUCAUGGUCGCCUUUGUGCCCCAUUUUUUAUAGUUUGGAGACUGAAAUAAAAACUCACCCAAAACUCCAAUCAUCCUUGUGUCUUUCUGUUUCCUUUGACAAACACUUUGGGAUUUAUUCCAGAAAAGUUUCCUGGCCAGCUGAUGUGUUUAUGGCGACUGUCCAGCCUCACUCACAGCCUUUUGGAUUGCCUGUCUCGUUCGUGGUUGGUAGAAGUACAUCCGUUAUCAUUGUGUUGUUUAGCUGAGUGUCUGUUCAAAGUGCGGCACCUCCAGCUGGCGCGAAGAGUUCGGACUUGGCCGCUCUCCACUCUCUGGUACUGCAGGAAUUAACUGUGCAGGAUCUGCGUCUGGACCUGUUUGAAUCAUCUGGGAAACUUUUAUUUUCUCUUUAACACAACCUGUUCAUGUCCUGGACAAAUUGUUGUUAACAAUGGCUCUGUGUGGGGAAUGGAUAUUUGUCAGGAAAUGACUAAAGGAGCAUUGUUCUUUUCAUUUAUGCCAGCAGAAUACAAGCCAAAACUCAAUAUGAGGUGCUUAAUGACAAUUACAAAUUUUGAAUGAGCACUGAAAUAAUAAGAGACAAUGAGAUUGGUGGUAGAUCAAGCCAGAAAGACUUUGUUGAUGUUUCUUCUGUUUUACAUUACAUUAAAUAUCAUUUGUGCACAAAUCUGUGCUAUAGUCAGAGCUAAAUGCAGUUUAUUUGUUCAGUAAUCUGCCAUCUCAUUUAUCAGAAAAAGAAAAAUAUAUCUAAUACUGUCUAAAAUAUAUCACUGUUGCUUUUUAUUUUAUAUUUGGCGAGCAUCUUUGCAGCACCUUGUAGGCUAAAAUGCUACCUGGAAAAUAUGCAUUCUUGAAUUCCUAUCAAGAGUUGAUCCAUACUACCAUCAUACCCCUGGUUUUCAUAUGGCUCAGGAGCUAGCUGUGAUUCAUGUAGCUGAUGUAGCUAAGCUUGAACUGGAAGCAGUGGGAGAAAGCUGGCCUGGCUCAAACAGCAUUCUUUUUGCUCUUAUAUCUAGUUUGCUCAAUCCUUGUGGGCAAAUGUAAUUUGUGCCAGACGCUAUGAGACAAAACCUACUUCUUUUACUGUACCUCUUUAACUUACAGUAAAACCACAAAUAGGCUACAAUUUUUUCAGGAAACUAAAGUAAAAUGAAUAAGACACAACACAUUAUUCCCUGGGCCGUACUUCUCAGAGGGACUUCAUAGCUUUUAGUCGUGACUGAACCUUGACAGCAAGAAAAGGCCUUAGGAAAGCAGCUACCUUUGACUACUAUGUGGAGCUACAGCACCCAGUAUUUUAUUCUCAAUCUCCUCAAUUGUUGCAUGUUUACAUCUUCUGAAAACCACAAAAAACUGAGAUCUUAGUUUGAGCUUUAAGUUUAUGUCACUUUGGACCCUUAUACAGCAGAGGGACACUAUUUAAAGGCAUAAAAUGCAAAAAGUCCCAAUCAGAAUUAGCUUCAGUGAUAUUUAAGUGCUGUCAUACAGGGCUUGACAUUAAUAACUGUCAACUAGCAAUGGAUUCCAGUUUUAUUUCAACCAUGGCAAAUAAUGCGGUGACUCCACUAGCCACUUUAGUGGGCUGAAUUUCUUGGUGACACAUCCUGUGCUUUAUUCUAACUGGUCAUGGCUGUUAGCACAGUACAAAGUGCUUGAUUUGUGCCCAUUUUAUAUUACACAAUAAACUUUGUUAGUCAAUUUGUGGAAGCCCCCCAGGCGUGGUUCUAUGAGUGUGUGACGUCACGUGAACACCAUUUCAUUCAGGAACGUUCUGUCAUAUAUUGAACCAUUUUAUUGCAAAAUGGAUAUACAGUUUUAUGAUAGAGAAGACUCUGCUCUUAUGCUCCCUGGGAAGUCAAAGUAUGCUGCGUAGCUAAAACCCCCCAUUUGGAUGGAUACAUUUAUGACAAUGUGUACCGAAUACAGUAAAAAUAGUUCAAAUUGAAAUGAUGUAUAGUAGCAUGAAUUUCAACAUGGGGUGCAUCAAGCCUUAUGCUAUAAAUGAGGAGGCUGGGGUGGAGGAGGUUAAGAUUUGCCAGCAGCAGUCUGAUUUUCCUGCGAUUCAGCCACGAAUUUGAAGUUGCACGACUCAGUCGGAGCGGGCAUCAUUUCUCGUGCUGUGUACAGGGGGCUACGACGGCCAACCACAGCCCGUCGUACUACUGUACGACCAGCUCCUGACUGGUUGGGAGGAUUUCUGGCAUGUUUGAUAUUUUGGUUGUAUGACUCCUUAAACUUCACAGUCAGAGCAGAAACGCGAGCAGAAUAAACAACUUUAGGGGAUUGUUUUCCUUUGUAAAUGGUCAGACAACGUCCCAAAUUACCAUGACAACGGCUGGAAUCACUUUCUGAUGCACCCCCGUUAUGAUAAAGUAAAUAAACUAGCAGGAAAUUUGCUAUCCGCAGACCUGCAGCUCACAGACAGACACAGGCGAAGAUGAUGCUUGUGUGUGUGGGACAGAGAGAGAUAGCGGGAGAGGGUGAGAGAGGGAGAGUGGGAGAGAUAGAAGGGGGAGAGAGAGAAAAUGAAAGUGUGUGAAUCUUUUUAAAACAAAACUCUGCAGGUUUCUGUCAGAGUCCGUCCUGAUUUCAGUCGCAUAGUGUGAGCACUCAGGUCGUGCACGACCAUCGGAUCGUACAGUGUGAGAACAACUCGUGCGCAAUGGUCGUGCGUCGUAAACGAUUCAGUUGCACAGUGUGAGACAUUCUGCCACGACAGUCGUACAGUCGGCUUGAAAUCACACAGCAUACACCUGGCUUUACACAUUUUUUAACAUAACAGGGAUGAGUUAAGAUCCAACUCAUUCAACCUGGUUUGGAUACCAAUAUAAGGUGUAUGAUAUUGGCCUGUGACACCCCGGGUCUCAUCUUGGGGCCAUUUGUCCAGUUUGAUGGAGAGAGUCUGAACAAACACUCUUAUAAACCUAUAACUUUGAUUAUUUUAUAGUGUUACGAUGCCAGGACUUGUUCAGAAAAGUCAUCAAUUAUAUGUUUGACUCGCUGGCCACUGAAUUAGACCCCAAAUAACCUUUAAACUGUACAGUUUUUGUGACAUAAUCUUUUAAAUGGCUAAAGACCCCAUCCACAGUGUUUACCUCCAUUUAUUUAGAUGGAAUGUUUCAUACAGAAAGGUAUGGACCAGCUUUUUUUGGGGCAAAGUACCCAAAAUGAUUACUUUUAUCAGUGUCUAUGUUUUACUUCAUUCUAGUAAUGACUAAUACUGUAUUAAAACAGAAAUAAAGUGUUGUGCUGGAUGGUAGCAUAGUUGCUACAUCUGUUACAGUGCAAAACUCAAAGUUUUUGAAAAGACAGCAUUGUUCAUCCCUCUAAUCCCAAAAAUUAUGAUUUAAGAUGAGGAUGAGUUGUGUGUUGAUGCUAAAUGAGUUAACUACUCCUUGUUGCUCACCAUGGGUUUAAUAAUCUUCACAUUAUGCAAACAUUUAAAACAUGUCACAUGAAUGUGAGGCUUUGGUUUAGUAAGUAGUCAUACUUUUUAAAGGUGGAAAGGUUAGCUGUUUCCUCUUGCAUCCAGUUUGAACGCUUAGCUAAAUAAAACUCAUCACUGCAUAUAGCUACUUCUCGCUCUGGAAAUAACAUUGGUAUGGAUCUCAGACUCAAGAUAAUGAAGCCUAAAGGCUCUGCAUCAAGCUGCUCUUGUAAUAGAAACCGGACAAAAGGGAACAUUAUUGUUUCUGUUGUAUAUUUUUUGGCUUUCUGAUGAAUGCUGAGCAUGCUAUCAUGGGUUAGCUGGUUGUCCUUCUUCUUUACCUCCUCUAAACACAAGCUCUCCAGCUUUAAGCAGCCCUCACCAGCUCACAGCCCACUCAUUAUCGACCCCCUUCAUCUUAAUACUGUCCUUCAUUAGAAACGGGGUGGUUCUGGGCUCAGCGGUGUGUUUUAUGUUCUUAACGGGUCAGUAAUGGGUCAGGAGUGGGUGUGAACAGCAGGGUUCCAGUUAAUGACAGCCGUAUCGAUUUAUCUGCUUUUGAAUAUCUGUUACAAUCCCUGAGAGGUGGAUGUUUCUCUUUCUUUUCACUUUUAUACAUCGAGGUAAGCCAUGAAUCUGUUUACUGUAUGUUUAAAGCAGCCGAGUGUACAGUAGACACAAACAGGGUCAACUCUUUUGUACAGCAGUCUCUUCAUGUACAGGAUGAUUGUAAUCUCCUCGUCUUUGUCUGAUAACUUUGUUUUACUUUCUUACUAUGAAGAGCAUGGUUCGGUAUUAAAACGAAUGAAAUAGACAUGUAAUCCAGCACGCUUCAGGGCACUCAGAGUGGGAAUGACACACCAGAGACACAACAUAAAGAAAGUUAGGGGGGUUCACAUUAAAGCCUGGAGUACACUUAACCCCCAAGGCGUGUUUUUUUUUUUAUUUCAACUAAAAUCAUGAAAACAAACAGAAAACAUUAAAAUCCAAGCACUAUUUUUUGCAGACAGGUUCACAGCUGUAUUUGAUAAACAUCAUGAAAUUGGUCUGUAAAGUGUGGCCUGCGCUGGGUAUCAUGCUCAGUGCUUCAGUUACAUAUGAGCAUGACACAACCUAUGUACAACUUUAUCCCUACUUUCUGGAUCAAAAUACCACUAACCUGCACUGUUCCGAUGGGAUUCUAUCGAUGCUAUCAGUUCUUUGUUUACAUCAUAUCAGAGAGCAUUACAGUAGCAUGGCAGGAGCCAUUAACCAGGGGGGCUGCAUUCCAGUGUAGACCAGUGGUCACUAACAGUUUCUACAGCACAGAGGCCACAGCCCUGCUGCUGUUUGGCAUAUUUCUUCCCCCACUUUCUUUCACCAUAUAUUUCUGUCUCUCUCCAGCUUUCCUUUCCAAUAUAGAUGAAAAGCCCUAAAAUAACCCACUGUUGCAGGAUUCACUAAUUUGAUCCCUCAUAUUAGCCUCAAUUUACCACUUUAACUAAACUGUUAUGUUUCAACUUCAUUUUUUUAUACUGCAGUUUUAAAAACGAACACUUUAUUGUGUUUUGACAUCCCACAUCAGCUUAAUAUCACCACUUUUCAGUGUAAAAUUUGACCUUUUUUGACAUUAAAAUGGAUUAAAACUCAUGCCUGAAAGCUGCAGCAUAGAAAUAUUCAGUUUUCAAGUGUUCAGACAACAAUAGGGCAGAUAUUUGUUUUUCAAAUGCAGUGGAAGACAUCGGGUAAGUUCAAAUGGCCCCGCAGUUGCUAUGAGACGGAACAGAAAGCCCUUUUAAAGUGCAGCACUCCUUUAUUGAAAUAUUUUUAGCUCUGGGUACUUUAAGACCUCUGGACUCUUCAAAAUAAAACUUGCAAAUUUUCUUGAGGUUAAAGUUUGUGUUGCAGUUGUAAACAACAUGAAAACUCUGACAUUUAGGGAGAAAAGGUCGAUAAAGGCCAUGAAACCUCAGCUUUAUGGGAUUCAAACACAUGAUCCCAAAUAUAUAUGAUAUAAAACUUGGCACUGUUUUGAAUAACUUUAUACUAUCAGAAUUGAAGGAAAAAGGAGCUUCUAUGAUGUCUAAAAUUUGUUUCAUGGAUAGAAACAGACAGAGAGGUGAAGCUGAAGAGAGUCCUAGUCUGGAGAUAUACCUGCUGUUACCUGUGCACAUGCAUGCAGAUGACGGCUCCCAUGCAUCCCCCGGCAUUGGUUAUGUGUGUUAACUAUAUACAUCCUUAAAAUAUUGAUGCAACACAGAUGCAAGAUACAGUAUGUCCAUGUGAUGAAGAGGUCGUGCAGAGGAAAAGGGAACCUGAGUGAACACAGCAACAGGGAAAGAAAUGUAAUGCCUGUAUUUUUGAUAGAGACACAGGAGAUACAUGGAGAGAAAAUGGGGGUAGAAAAGAAACAAACAGGUAAAUGAUCAGGAAUCAAUCCUGCAGCCAGUGCUGAUGCCAGAUGCAAGAAGAUAAUUUCAGUCAGGGACACUCUCAUCAUACAUUCACCCAUAUUUUGCAAAUGGAUAUAUAGUUUUAAUUGAAAGAUGCUCCCUGGGUUAGUCAAGCUGCAUGCUUUGACUUUUCAGGGAGUGCAUUUCUAGAAACACCCAUAUGUAUAGAUACAUUUAUGACAAUGAGUAUUUGAUACGAUGAAUUAUUUCUAAAGCAAUUAAACCAUACUAUCAUGAAUCUGCUUAUGAGGAUAAAAAUGCUUUAAGCUAUAAAGGAGGAGGCUGGGGUGGAGGAGGCUAAGUUUGCCAGCAGCAGCAGCAUAGUGCAUCAGCAUUAAUGGGAGCAGGGAUCAGUGAGAAGUACGCUGUGAUUGGCUGUGGGAGCUGGGAGGCAUUAGUUGUGAUCAGCUGACCAUCAGCUGAUCACAGCUGGGCGCAUGACUACCGUGCCCUGCAUGAACUAAGGCUAGGCUUUAUUUAUAUGGACCUUAUAAGCCGAUGUGCAGAACCAAUACAGGGGAAGCAUGGCAGCCGUCAUGGGUUCACAUAUGUGCAUUACAGCAAGAAUAUCACCGGCCUGAGGCCUGCCUCAGCUCACCCUCUUUUGUCUGUUUCUGGAUUGGCCAAAACAGAAUUUUCAAAGGAUUAGUUUCAAAGCCCUCUAAGCCAAACCUCAUGGAAGUCAAUUGGAAAAUCUGAAGUAAGAUGCCAUAAAAGAUGAUAAUAAUGAAGUAUUUUUGCAAACUAGCCUCUGAGCUAACCCAGUGUCCAUCUGAUGAGUAUGUUUUGUGUUUAUCAUGAAAACUAAAGAAAGUGUUGCUCACCAGGACUUCUGUUUCAACUACUGUUAUAACAACAACACCUAUAAAUGAAUCUGGCUGAAUGGCACCAGUUGAUAUGGUUACUCAUUAGAGCAAAACACUGUACAGUUACAUCCAUGCACUAGAGUCAAAUGUCUAAGAAACAGAGCACAGACAGCGUGUUCUGAUUACAAUCAUCAGUCUGAUGAUACCAUUGGUUAUUUAUAAUUAUUUGGUCAGUUUACAUCUCACACAUCAGAUAGUUGUAUCCAGCCUGAGCUCACUGGUGUGCUCUCCUGUGAAGUCUAGUUGAACAGGUUGGGUAGAAAUUAGUAUAUUUACAGGUGACUGUAAAGUUUGUUUAAUUCUGCUUUUAAAGCUGGGAUUUUAACAUGAGGUGUUUAUGUGACCUCUGCAGCUCUAGCAGACAGCCUCUAGGGGACACUACAGGAACUGCAAGGUUUUUUUUUUUUUUGCACUUCUGCAUUAGCUUCAUUUUGAAAUACCAAAGCCUGGCAAUUGGAUUUCUGGCACAAGCCUUGAUAUAAGCUGUGGAUCCUCAAAUUGGAAACCUAACAAAACAGCCCGAACCUUAACUUUUCUUCCCCAGUCCACUGCACCAAGUUACUUGUCAUUUUCACAGCGAUGAUUUAACCCAAGCACUCCAGAAGACAUUUGUUAUAAGAAAAAUAACUUUUUUUUUUGUUCAAGGGAUGUUUUUAGAAGUUAAAUGAUCCUAAUGUGGCAGAAUAAAACAGAUAAUUGAAGAUUUCAUGCAAAAAAGACCCAGUUAAAGCAGCAUUAACAGCUCUAACAUGCUCUUCGUUUGAUUUUUCACACAUUCAUGAUGAAUGAAACAUUAUUCAUUCCUUUAGUCCCACCAAUCUAUCACAGAUGAGAGCCUGUACGUGAUGUAAUAAGAGGUUUGGUCAUUUUCCACCCCUAUAGUGUCUCUUGAAUGCUGAUUUAUUGGAUUAUUGAUCUGGAGGAGUUGAAAUCCCAUCAUUAUUCAGAGGCAAACACUGUAAAAUGCUGUCAUGCAUAAAACCAAGGAUAUACAAAGGUAUAUGAACAAUUUUGGGUCUCGUAUGCCUUUUAUUUCCCCAGCUUAAUUCAAUAUUCUUCAAUAAAAGGUCACAAAAGAUAAGAGGGAAUAUUCUUAACACCUGAUCUUUCAUGUAAAGGUCUGUUUCUGUUCAUCUUUUCAGCUACAUGACAUUUUCUUGUGAUUUACAAGAAUAGCAAGCCUCUGAAUCUUCUUGUCCUUUGUAAAGACAUUUUUUAAUCAUAAACUUCCCUGUUCAUUAUUUUUCGUACAGAAUCUUAAAGAGCGACGGCUGUAGAAGUGUAGAAAGGAGGCUUGUCAUUUCUGUGCCUGUGUGUUUGUAAAAAUGCCGUGAAGUUCCUGUUGUAGUUUCCUGCUUGUGUCGAGUCGAUGGUGGCUGGGCGACACAAGCAGCAACUGUUUUUUUGGUGCAAAAAUAAA